GACCAGCACCUGUAUUAUUAAAAUGUGAGGCUUAUACAAGAGGAAGAUAUAAAUUAUUUCAAGCAUUAAGGGAAAUGCAAAUGGAAGUUUUUUUCUAUCCAAGCAUUAUCAAGUAAUGGCCCAAAGCAAUUUAAAAUAUAUAAAGUACUUAAUUUCUUAAAAGAUACUCAUUUAAUUAACAGGAUUUACAGUUGCGAUCAAAAUUAUUCAACGCCCUUGACCUGCAAGACAUUUUGCUGCGGUGAACAACAUUUUAUGAAAUCAAUUCAACAAAUGUAUCUGUAAAGUAUUAAAUAAAGUUUGUUAAUACACUUUUGAGUGAUUCUGACAAUGGAACAUUGAUGAAUCAUGAUAAAAUUCAAACUGGCUCUAAACAUUCAUGUUCAAAAUUAUUCAACCCCCUUUGUGCAGAAUAUUUUAGUCUUUAAAAUCACCAAUAAACACUGUCUGUAAGUGAUUAGAAGCUUCUGUUACCUCUUUACUACAGUCUUGACCCAUUCCUCGCAUUAAAAAGAUUCCAGAUCACUGAUAAUCUUUGGUUUUCACAUUGCCACUGCUUUCUUCAAAUUCAACCAGAUAUUUGCAAUGAGAAUUAAGCCUGGAGACUGAACAGGUCACUCAAGUACAUUCUAUGACUGAUCUCUGAACCAAGCAGAAGUAGAUUUGGAUGUGUACUUUGGGAUGACUGUCCUGCAGGAAAGUCCAUUGAUCAUCAGCUUCAGUCUUUGCAACAAAGGCAUCACAAUUCUUGUCAAAAUGGCCUGAUACUUCAAAGAAUCUAUGAUUUCCUUCAUACAGUCGUGAUUUCCACUUCCUGCUACAGUAAAGAAACCUACGGUGGCCGAGAAGGGUCACAACAUGUACAAACGCCACAACAACUACAUUUUCAGAAAACACCUCCAAAUUCAGAAAACACAUGCAAACGCCGCUACAACAACUACAUAUUCAGAAAACACAUACAAAUGCCAUAACAACUACAUAUUCAGAAAACACAUACAAAUGCCACAACAACUACAUAUUCAGAAAACAACUUCGUCGAUUUCACAUCACGUACACUGCAAAUAUUCACAGCACGAGGAAAUAGGGAAACAAACUGCAAACUGCGAAGACACAACGGAAAUGUUUCCAGGGGGGGCCAUAAUCAGUGACGGACCCGCAUCCAUCCGGUUGUCUUCGCGCUUCUGAAUGUGCGCUUUUGUUGCUUAUGGCUACAAGACGUAAGUGUUUCUCUUUUAUUAUGACAGAUUUGUCAAUGUGAUCUGAUACCGUGUUUUCAACAUAUUAUCCCCAUAACGUAUUAGUCCAUUGCCAACGCUGUUAGCUGGAAACUAGCUCGCUAGCUCGCUUCUGGUCACUAAAUAGAUGCAUUACUGGCGUUUGUACAUUGUUGUCCUGAUAUCUGAACUAUUUAUUUUUCAGAUUGAAAUGUUAUGUCCGUUUUGUGCUGUGCAACUGGGGGACGCUCCCAAGUUUUGCCCGUCGUGUGGUAUAAACGUGGUGUUCCUUACGGAGCGUCCAUCCACGUCAUCAAGCGUAGGCCAUGGGCCUACAGAGGAUGACCUAAUACGUGCCUACUUCAGAAAGGACCACUCCAACGAGAUUAUUAGAGAUUUUUUGGAGUCAAAGCAUGGGAUUGUAAUGAGCCUGAAAACUCUAAAAAGAAGGCUGAAACGGUUAAACCUAAGUCGGAGAGCAAAUUACACUCCACUGGAGACUGUGAAUGCUGCCAUCACUACUGAAUUGAAUGGCUCAGGACAGCUGUUGGGCUACAGGGCUAUGUGGCAGACCCUGCAACAGAAGCAUUCACUGACAGUAAAACGAGACAAUGUCAUGCAAGCCCUCAGAUUAUUAAAUCCAACAGGAGUAUCUCUCCGUCAUAGGCGCAGAUUUGUUAGGCGAUCCUAUUGCGCCGCAGGACCCAAUCAGGUGUGGCACGUGGAUGGCUAUGACAAGCUCAAGCCCUUUGGGAUUGCCAUCAGUGGCUGCAUCGAUGGGUAUUCAAGGCGGGUUAUGUGGCUAAGUAGUGGUAGCACCAACAACGACCCUGCAGUAAUCGCUCACCAUUACCUACAGUGUGUUUCGAGCUAUGGCCUUCCGGCUCGUCUUCGGACAGACUGUGGGACAGAAAACGGAGACAUGGCUGCCAUCCACUGUUCUUUAAGAGAGGACCACACCGAUGAAUUUGCGGGUUCUGUCAGCCACAUGUAUGGCACUUCAACUGCCAAUCAAAGGACUGAAAGCUGGUGGUCUUUUUUCAGGAAACAGAGGACACAGUUCUGGAUGGAUUUAUUCAGUGACCUGAGAGAGAGACACUACUUCAACGGCACCCAUGAACACAAGUGCCUUGUACGGUAUGUGUUCCUGGGCAUCUUUCAGAAAGAGCUUGAUGAGCACCGAGAGCUUUGGAAUAAUCAUACAAUCAGGCCUGUCCGUCAGUCUCUCUGUCCAUCUGGGAAACCGGAGACCUGCCUCACAGGUUUGGUGGAAGGGAUUGUGGAUCCCCAGUGGAUCCCCAAGUGUUACAGGAGUUCAAAGACCUUCUGCCACCCACAAACAGUUUGUGUGGAGAUGCUAAUCUCCAAGCAUAUUUUGCCAACUUGGAGAGACAGAGCAAGCUCGCUCCACCCAUCAACUGGCCAGCUGCUGUUGACAACUACAUUAGACUAAAGGAAAUGGCUGGUCUUUGAGAGUGAGAGAGACGGACGUAUAGCCAGUUUAUUUUCUUUCAGACAGCAUUGCCUCCAGUGUGGUGUACUGAUAUGGACACCUUUAAUGUUUGACACAUGGUUAAAUUAAAAGCAAAGAUAUUAAUCGAUUGCAAUGACUUUCCCUUACUUUUUAAGCCAUCACAAUGUAUGUUUUUGGGGUUAACCUAGUGUUGAUUAAUAUGGUAUGCUGAAGCUAAAGGUGACUU